GUGGACCGUGCGUGGCAGGAGAGGCAGUUAGCUACAAUGGUAACGCAAAAAGUUCCUUUUGCCAAAUUUAUAAAGUCUACAUACCUUUGCUAUGGGCCCAUUUUUAUUCUUCUUCCUUCCUUCGCUUUCAGAAAGCUGAUCCCGGUGGCUUAGGCGUUCUUUUCACCGUAAAAUAUUAAAAGUUUAAACGCGACAGGAUGUCCUUCUGCAGUGCUAACCACGCACGCGUUAUACGGCAACCUUAACGGUCAAAUGCUUCGGAGGGUGGCCCAAGCGGGAGCUCGUCAUGCAGCCAGAUCGUUAGAAUUUAAAUAUUGAUGUAUUAAUUUCAUGUCAUUUCAGAGGGGAAUUUUGAGUAUGUAGAGAGCGCAUUUCAUAUAACAAACAUAAAUGUAAUAAACUAUUUUUUUUAUUUUUAUUUUUUUAUUUUGCGCCCUAUCCAUCAGAUAGCGCCCCAGGCGGCCGCCUGUGUCACCUGUCGCCAAAGCCGGCCCUGUCCAUGGUGGAUAGAGAACUCUUUAAAUAGUUGGUCUCCAGUCUUCAGCUGAACACACCACACUCACUAAACAAAUGUAGGUAUGUGGAGUCCUUGUGUGCGCUCCUGGUAAACAAUCUGCUGGUUGUAUUAAGUUUUAAUUUUUUACCUGUUCUUUAGAAUUCUGAGAUGAAUGUAACAUACAUUACUCUUGAUGGUCAUGUGGAGGUGGAAAAAUACCGGUUCCUUUAUUUUGUCAUCAUGCUUCUGGCAUAUAUUUUAAUUUUGUGCAGCAAUUUUACCAUUGUUUAUCUCAUUGUAGUUCACAAAAACCUUCAUGAGCCGAUGUAUGUAUUUAUUGCUGCUCUGUUGAUCAACUCUAUUCUUUUGAGCACGGUGGUCUAUCCAAAACUCUUGUUUGACUUUCUGUCUGAAAAACAGAUCAUAUCUUAUCAAGCCUGUGUCUUUCAGGUUUGUGUUUUUUACUCGCUAAGUGGUUCAGAGUUCUUACUGUUGGCAGCCAUGGCCUAUGACAGAUAUGUGUCCAUAUGUAAACCUCUGCAUUAUCCAACCAUCAUGAGAAAAGCCACUGUGAUCAUUUUGCUGGUUUUAUCCUGGCUUUUACCUUUUUGUCACUUGGCUGUGCAACUCAUAGGAAAUGCUCAAACCCAGCUGUGUAGCACUACUUUGAAAGGUAUGUUCUGCAACAAUUCAAUUAACCAUCUUUUAUGUGUGACUUCCAGAGCACUGUCAAUAUUUGGUUUAGUUAUUCUGUUCGAUAUUGGCUUGCUUCCUUUGCUUUUUAUACUCUUUACAUACACAAUGAUAUUCAUAACAACUUAUAAAAGUUGUGGACAAGUCAGGAAGAAGGUUGCUAACACCUGUUUACCUCACCUGCUGGUCUUAAUAAAUUACUCUUGCUUCAUUACUUUUGAUAUAAUUAUAAUUAGACUGGAUUAUGAUAUUUCAAAUACUUCACGUUUUGUUAUGACAAUACAAAUGAUAAUAUACAAUCCUCUUAGCAAUCCAAUCAUAUAUGGAAUAAAAAUGAAAGAGAUCUAUAAACACCUCAAAAGACUGCUCUGUCAAGCCAAGGUAGAGAAAUGUAGUUAAAUGGUCUCUAUUUAUAUACAGAUUUAAAAAUGUGUCUCGAUUUUUAAACUAUUACAUACUUUUUAUUUAAUGGCUAUGCAUUCAUAUGUGUUUUGCUGUCCACUGAGAUCUUCACCCAAGCCCAUGAAUCUAAUGAGCAUGGAUUGUUCAUGCCCAGGGCAAAAUGGUUCUGAGGCCCGGCUCCUCAUAAAGUCCACCAUGAGCUCUGUAAUGCACAACAAUGUGUUUCAUUUAUUUGUUUUUC